UUCUCGUGACGUCAUUGGGCGGCCCGGAAGCGCCAACACGUGUGGGUCUCUUCUCUACUCCCUGUUUCUUGGUGUUGUAUGUGUGUGUCGUUCUCUCUCUCUUUCUCUCUCUCUCUCUCUGAUCAUGGGUCGCUCCCGGCGGACCGGCGCGCACCGAGCACAUUCCUUAGCCCGCCAGAUGAAGGCCAAGAAGCGGCGGCCCGACCUGGAUGAGAUUCACCGCGAGCUGAGGCCGCAGGGGAUCCCGCGGCCCAAGCCGGAGCGGGACGCAGAGCCCGACCCGGACCUGCCAGGGGGCGGCCUGCAUCGCUGUCUGGCCUGCGCGAGGUACUUCAUCGAUUCUGCCAACCUGAAGACGCACUUUCGAUCCAAAGACCACAAGAAAAGGCUGAAGCAGCUGAGUGUCGAACCCUACAGUCAGGAAGAGGCUGAGAGGGCAGCGGGCAUGGGCUCAUAUGUGCAACCCCAGCGGCUGGGCGUGCCCACAGAAGUGUCCACUGAGAUCCCUGAGAUGGACACAUCCACCUGAGAGGAUGCAGGGCAGUGGUUCAUCGGCCGGCGGGGCUGAGAGUGUGGAUUUUGGAUUUUGGGUUUGCGGAGAUGCUCUCUUCUGGGUGUUCUGCCCAAAAUAAAGGACCUGGACAAGA